CGAAUUUCUCCGAUCUUCAGUUCAUCACCACGUCUGGUAAUUCUAAGGUCGAGUAACAAUGGAAUCUCUCAUUUUCCUUUCGGGAACUGGUUCGAUUCCCGCACAAAAUCACCCGAUAAUGGCUGCUUCACCUCGGCGCCCAAUUAGGCUGCCAGUCCAGGAAUACCACGCCGAGAAAAACGCCACCGUUUCAUCCCCCGGAAGAACCUCCACACACAUAAAUAUGCAUCGCCGGAAAAUUCGCCGGUCAUUUUCGGAACCCAGCCUCACGGGGAUUCAUCUCCGUCACGAUACGUCCGGGGAGUCGGAGUCGAGGUCUUUCACAGAACAGACACUGCCGCCUGACGACGGCAGCGUCGCCGACAAAGGAGAUCCUCCGUCGUCCUCGUCGCCGGGCGGUGGAAAUCGCAAUUUCCGGGCGUAUUACAGUGAGCUGGUGAAGGCGAACCCGGAGAAUUCUCUGGUUUUGAGAAACUACGGCAACUAUUUGCACGAGGUGGAGAAGGAUGCCGGGAGGGCGGAGGAGUGGUACGGGAGGGCGAUAUUGGCGAGCCCCGGCGACGGAGAAGUGCUUAGUCUGUACGGGAAGCUGAUUUGGGAGACGCAGAGGGAUGAGCUUCGAGCCAGACAUUACUUCCAUCAGGCAAUUCAAGCUUCUCCUCACGACUGUAUGGUUUUGGGAUCGUAUGCACGUUUCUUGUGGGAAGCAGGGGAGGGAGACGAACCAGAAGAAGAGAUGAGAGAGAAUGUACAAUUGUGAGGAGAGGAAGACGAUGAGGAACGUUGUAUAAUUAAAGUAGCCGUUGGUGCCAUGCAUGCAUGGUGGAAACUUAAUUUCUAACGGCUAUAUAUAUAUAUAUAUAUAAUGGCUUAAUUAAUUAUGUUAAUUACUCUCUCCGUCCCACAUAAUUUUUUCCUAUUUUCUAUUUGC